CGGUGUAGUCCAUCAUUAUUAAAUAAGAAUUAGUUCUUAACUGACUUGCCUAGUUAAUUCAAGGUUAAAUAAAAACUACAACUCCCAGUGUAAAGGGAGAUAUAGGAGCCACCUCACAUUUGUGACAGCUACGGUCAAUGUUUUUUUAAACCAAGAAACAUUCUAACUCUGCUGAGACAAAAUGAGUUCAGAGAAGGAAACGUUGAUGGAUGAAAUCGAAAAGAGUUUAUGGAAUUUAACUGAGGACAAUCUAUGUUACCUGUGUGAACGCUGUGGAAUGGACGGAUCUGAAAUUAAAGGGAUGAAUCAUCGCUUAUUAAGGCGUAAAGUCAUGGAGGAAAUGUGGGACAAUACGGAUUCAAUGAAAUCAGAGGAGCAGGGAAUGUCUUGGUUAGUCCAACUGAAAGAGGACAUCAGGAGGACACAGGAGGAGGGUAGCAGUGCACUCAUGAGUCCCAGCCAAUCAGAUGACGUAGACUGGAAUGAAGAGGGAGGAACUAGGUUGCCUAGCAACAGACUGGAGGCUAAAUCUGAUCUAGAGAGGCACACGCCAGAGCAGAGGGAGAGUCAUGUGACUACUUCCCAGUCAGAAAGUGUUGUUCUCAAACCACACUUGUGCACUGAAUGUGGAAAGGGAUUCCAUCAGGCCGGCUGUCUUAAGAGACACCUGAGGACUCAUACUGGGGAGAAACCAUUUGUUUGCUCUUGUUGUGGGAGGGCUUGGAGUGAUUCUGGAAACUUAAAGAGACACAUGAGAAAAACUCACCCAGGAGAGGAGAUGGUUGUUAAGAUGGUUCAACACUCAGAGGAGUGACCCUACAGGAAUUAGGGAGGAAAUGACUGUGGAUUCAAUUAAAUCUGAGGAGCAGGGAACGUCUCGGUCACUCCAGCUGAAAGAGGAGGAUGCUUGCGGUGCGCCCGUGAGUCCCAGCCAGGCUCAUGCUGAUGAUGUAGACCGCAACGUUGAGGACAGGGAUUGGUUGCCUAGCAUCGGACUGAAGGCGGAGCCCAUGAGUCCCAGACAAUCCGAUGAUGACGCUGCAGACCGCAAAGAAGAAUGGAACGAAGCGGGAGGUGCUAUGUUGCCUAGCAACGGACUGGAGGCGGAGUCAACUCGAGAGCGCCACAGUUGCGACAAGCCUCUCUUGCCCUCCUCCACCCUCGCAGAGUCCCCGAGUCGUGCCUCUCCCGGUAGCGCCUUAUUGUGCGGUCUGAAGAGGGUGUCUGUGCAGCUGGUCGACUGCAGGAAGACACCAGGGCAGAGUGGCCUUCAAAAACACAAGACAACACAGACAGGAGAGAAACACCACAGCUGGUCUAAUGCUGAACAACACAAAACCCUCUCAGGAGACAGGCCUGGCUCCCAUAUCUGUGAUCACUGUGGGAAGAAUUUUACCACAGCAACCAAUCUGAAAAGACACUUCCUGUAUUUGUCUGGAGAGAAACCAUACAUCUGCUCUGAAUGCGGAAAGAGAUUCACGCAGGCCGGCAGUCUUAAGACACACCAGAGAACGCAUACUGGGGAGAAACCGUACAUCUGCCCUCGUUGUGGGAAGGCUUGGAGUGAUUAUGGAAACUUAAAGAGACACAUGAGAAGGCAUACUGUUAAACAAUACACAGUGAAACCUCACCACUGCUUGGAUUGUGGGAAACAGUUCAUUGUAAAAUCAAGCCUUAAACAUCACCGGCUAGUUUUUCACACAGACCACCCUCACCGCUGUGGUCAAUGUAAGAAGAGCUUCAUAACUGCAGAAAGACUGGAAUCGCACAUAAAAACACAACAUCCGCCAAGGGAUCCUCUGAAGAACCCACAUGUGUGCUCUGAAUGUGGAAAGGGAUUCCAUCAGGCCGGCUGUCUUAAGAGACACCUGAGGACUCAUACUGGGGAGAAACCAUUUGUUUGCUCUUGUUGUGGGAGGGCUUGGAGUGAUUCUGGAAACUUAAAGAGACACAUGAGAAAAACUCACCCAGGAGAGGAGAUGGUUGUUAAGAGGGUCGACACUCAGAGGAGUGACCCUACAGAGAGUAGGGAGGAAAUUAAUGUGGAUUCAAUUAAAUCGGAGGAGCAGGGAACGUCUCGGUCACUCCAGCUGAAAGAGGACAUCAGAAGGAUACUGGUGGAUGCCAGAGGUGCACCAAUGAGUCCCAACCAAGCCGAUGAUUAUUCUGAAGACUGUGACGGGGGAGGAACUUGGUUGCCUAGCAACAGACUGGAGGCGAAAUCUGAUCUAGAGAGGCACACGCCAGAGCAGAGGGAGAGUCAUGUGACUACUUCCCAGUCUGAAAGUGUUUUUCUCAAACCACACUUGUGCACUAAAUGCGGUAAGGGAUUCAAAAAAGCCGGCUGUCUUAAGAGACACCUGAGAACUCAUACUGGGGAGAAACCAUUUGUUUGCUCUUGUUGUGGGAGGGCUUGGAGUGAUUCUGGAAACUUAAAGAGACACAUGAGAAAAACUCACCCAGGAGAGGAGAUGGUUGUUAAGAUGGUUGACACUCAGAGGAGUGACCCUACAGGAAUUAGGGAGGAAAUGACUGUGGAUUCAAUUAAAUCUGAGGAGCAGGGAACGUCUCGGUCACUCCAGCUGAAAGAGGAGGAUGCUUGCGGUGCGCCCGUGAGUCCCAGCCAGGCUCAUGCUGAUGAUGUAGACUGCAACGUUGAGGACAGGGAUUGGUUGCCUAGCAUCGGACUGAAGGCGGAGCCCAUGAGUCCCAGACAAUCCGAUGAUGACGCUGCAGACCGCAAAGAAGAAUGGAACAAAGUGGAAGGCGCCCUUCGUUGUGGGAAGGCUUGGAGUUAUUAAAGAGACCCAUGAAAAGAGCUCAACCACCACCCAAUCAGCAUGUCCCUUAUCCCUACCCACCACCCAAUCAGCAUGUCCCUUAUCCCUACCCACCACCCAAUCAGCAUGUCCCUUAUCCCUACCCACCACCCAAUCAGCAUGUCCCUUAUUCCUACCCACAUCAGACACCAUGGUAACCUGGUUUACACCUGUCCAAUCCCUUACAGAUGUGUUUACUACUUCAAGGAAACAAGAUGUGAAGCAUGUGUUUUUUUUAAAGGGGGGUAUAUUUCAUGUUGUAGUUGUUUUUAAUGGAGACAGGUUAGAAGUAGAGGGGGAGACAGAUGAGGAGGGAAGACAGUGAAGAGUAGAUGCAGGGAUUGAACCCUGGUCUCCAGUGGGGAGGCUGAGGCAUACACAGAGCAUCCAGCUGUGCUACCACCAGACUACAGGCUAUGUACAGAAGGAAGCAUUUCUAAAAGUAUUGGAACACUGCCCUAGACUCAGCCUGUCCCAAAUAACACCUUAUGCUCUAUAUAGUGCACUACUUUUGACCCCUGCCCAUCGGGGUGCCAUUUUGGAUUCAGGAUGUCCCAAACCCCAACCUACCACGUGCCCUUGCUCGGCCCUCACUAGUGCUGUGGCAGUCAGCAGGUGAUUAUCAAGUAAUUAACUGCCAAGCAAAUAACUGCCAAGCAAAUAACUGCCAAGUAAAUAACUGCCAAGUAAAUAACUGCCAAGCAAAUAACUGCCAAGCAAAUAACUGCCAAGCAAAUAACUGCCAAGCAAAUAACUGCCAAGUAAAUAACUGCCAAGUAAAUAACUGCCGGUCUCAUGGCAAUUGACCGUUUAAUUAUCAUAAACAUGUUUAGCAUCUCCUGGCUUCCACGCUUUAGCCUACAAGCCACUGAUGCGGAACUGUGGGCUCCCGAGUGGCGCAGCGGUCUAAGGCACUGCAUCUCAGUGCAACAGGCGUCAUUACAGACCCUGGUUCGAUUCCAGGCUGUAGCACAACUGGCCUUGAUUGGAAGACCCAUAGGGCGGCACACAAUUGGCCCAGCGUAGUCCGGGUUAGGGUUUGGCUGGGAUAGGCCGUAAUGUAAAUAAGUAUUUGUUCUUAACUGACUUGCAUAGUUAAAUAAAAAUAAUAUAUAUCUUUUUUUUAAAGUAUAAACAUUUAAUAUAAUAUAUCACAAUUGAACAUAGCUUAAUAAAAUAGCUUAAUAAAAGGAUAUUUUCCCCAAACGAUUUCAAAGGAAGUGCACACAUGCAGCUAUUCUGUGUUGAGAGGUUAACAAAGAAACCGGUUCUCUCAUGUGCUUCAUUCAGAGUUAUUUAUUCGACUUUAAUUGUGAUACGAACGUUGAGAUAUGUUCUUAUUCUUAAUAUAUUAAUAAGGCUGCAUGAUGGGACUCUGAUGAUUUGAAAAAAAGUCGCAAGCUGAACACACUUCAUCAGUCUCUCAUUCACAAUUUUGACAAGCACUUGACAAUAUUCUCAGCGGGCCUCGAGUUUCCCGGUGGCAUCCCCCUUGUGUGGCUGUAAUGCCCCAUGAAAAAAAAAAUCGGUGCCUUUUACGGCCAAUGUGGGUGUUAUAAUAAUCAGAAUUACUCUCACUCACAUGGUUCCUUCAGAUGUAGCCAAUGCCCGUCAGGUGAUUGGUCCAUCUCACAGUCAUUUCAGCUAAGAAGUAAUGAAGACAGACACACCGGGGGGCGUAACUACGAGCGUCCAAUUCCGAGGCGCAUAUUGAAAAUGUUAGAGAACUGUCCACAUUUUACUUUUCGUCAGCCAAUCAGAUGAGUCGGUCUAACCAACAGCACUAGCUUAUGCCCAAUGUACUAUCCCCCCCAUAGUGCAAAAGUUGACCUAUGCUAUUGGUCAACUGUUCUUCUGUGCAAGAAAUAAAUAUGCCAAACAUA